AUGCGCCACCUUGGGUUUCCGGGGCCCUUUCCAUUUCGGGCUGGAGCGCGGUGCCCGCCGGCCCCGCCGCUGCUGCUGGUGCUGGCAGGGCUGGCGGCAGCGGGGGAGCCGGUGGGGAGCCGCAGCGACCGGGUGGUAGGGGCCCUGCUGGGGCUGCUGCUGUGCCUGGCCGUGGGGCUGGCCCUGGCCUGGCGCCACCUCUGCCACCUCUCGGCCGGCCGCUACCACCCCCGGCCCAUGGGCCGCCGGGCCCUGGCGCUGCUGCGGAGCCGCUGGCACCAGCUGCAGGGACGGGAGGGCCCCGCCGAAGCCCCCGGGGACAGGGACGAGGACGCGGCCCCGCCGGACGAGGAGGAAGAACUGAUGCCGUGGGCCCAGCACCAGCGGCAGGAGGACGAGGAGGCGCUGGGCGGCAGUGCCGAGGCGCUGCUCAGCGACAUGCACGCCUUCUCGGGGACGGCCGCCUGGGGGGACGCGCGGCCCCAUGUCACCGCCCUCUGA